AUGCCUGAAAAGAUCCUCGACGACAUCUCCCACAGACGGUACAACCCGUUGAAGGGCACUUGGUUGCUAGUUUCCCCCCACCGGACCAAGCGCCCCUGGCAAGCGGCUGGUGGCUCAAAUCCCGACUACAAGAACACCUUUGUCUUCGUCAAUGACUACAGCGCCGUGAAGGAGGAGCAGGCUGAGUACAAGCCAGAGACAGAAGAUGACGACCUCGCAUCGUUGCUGCUCCGCGCCGAAGCGGCCACAGGAAAAUGCUACGUGCUCACCUUCUCCGAGAAGCAUCACGUCACCCUUGCCGACAUGACCACCCAAGAGAUCGCCCCCGUCAUCGACCACAGUGCCCCGCCAAAGCACACCCUGCGAUACAUGCAGAUCUUCGAGAACAAGGGCGCUGCUAUGGGAUGUUCGAACCCGCAUCCGCAUUGCCAAAUCUGGACGACGUCCACAAUGCCAGAGGAGCCCGGUACUGAGCUGACGCAGAUGGCUAAGUACCGCAACCAGCACGCUGGACGUCACCUGCUGGCCGACUACGUCAAGGUUGAGUUGCAGAAGAAGGAACGCACCGUUUUUGAGAACGAGCACUUCCUUGUUGUAGUCCCCUGGUGGGGCAUAUGGCCGUUCGAGGUCUUGGUGCUGCCUAAGAGGCACGUUCGUGCCCUUGUGGACUUGUCCGCUGAAGAGCGGUUGCAGUUUGCCGAAGCCAUUCAGGAGGUCGCAAGGAGAUAUGACAAUCUCUUUGAGACGCACUUUCCUUACAGCUCUGGUAUUCAUCAAGCACCUCUCGACGCCACCGAGGAGGAGGCCGAGAACAGCUACCUCCACAUGCACUUCUACCCGCCUCUGCUUCGUUCUGCUACCGUCCGCAAGUUCCUGGUCGGCUACGAGCUAAUGGCCGAGCCUCAGCGUGACAUCACUCCCGAACAGGCCGCCGCUCGGCUCCGGGCAACCGGCGGUGAAUUAUACCGCAAGGCGAUUUAG